AUCAGGGAGUGUGAAAUGUAGGUCAAUCAACAACAUUCCAGCGGCUAUAUUUAGAUCUACUGGAGUGAUCACGUGUUUAGCCAGAGGUGUCAAAUUGGCGGACCGUACAUUAAAAAUUAAAUUGUUUGGACAUUCUUUUGUGAAACGUUUAAAGGAUUUUGUUAUUAAUCAAGAAGAUUUUCCUUCAAAUUUGAAAUUACGUGCGAAUCCUUUAGUGCAGUAUUCUGGUUUCGGAGGGGGACACGUACAUACAUUGAAACAAGAUUUGGUCAUUCUCAUCAUCGGCACAAAUGAUCUUUCAUCGAUAGACAAGUCCCCAAAUUCGGUUAAUACGGCAAUUAUGGAUUUAGUGGACACUUUGUUGUUUAUGGAGCAGGUACGGUCUGUCAUCGUUUUCCCCAUAUUAUUCAGAAAGCUGAACAGUCAACAUAAUCGUCAUGCGGUGGACAUUCCUUGGUUCAACGAUAGAGUUUACGAAACAAAUGCGCUUCUUGAAUCAAAGAUUAAGGAUUGUGCCCACCAGCGAGUGCGUUACUGGGUACCCAAAGGUUUCUGGUCGGACGAGGCUUUAGCAGAGGUUAUAAGUAGCGACGGGGUCCAUCUUUCAUACAGAGGUCAACAAAAGCUAUGCAACAACAUCCGAGCUGCAGUGGUUGCGGAGUUGAAGGCUAGCCAGCUAGGCUGUUAAGAUACGUAUAUUUUCAUCAUUCAUGGCACAUAUAUUUAUCCUUCUACAAUGUACAGUAGAGAUUACACAUUUAAUCGUACCUACACAAAGUGGCAUACAUACCAUGAAUUAUUAGUGUAACUUUCACAGAUAAUACCAAUUAACUUUCAUGGCUAUCUAUAUGGCUAUAUUUAGUGGGCAGUGCUUGAGAGUAUUUACUAUUCGGCAGUUUCCAUUUAUGGUGUUGGCGGUUGAUUUGUCUUAUUUAAGUCAUUAUGCAAGUUUAUAAACCCAUGAGUCUAUGUGCUUGAGAGUGUAGUUACACUAUUCGACAUGCAUAUACGCUAUAAUAUAAAGGUUAUGUCUGUUAGCUUUUCUCAUAGGGUUCUAGUGCAAUUGUUCACACAAAUUUCAUGCUUGAGAGUGUUACCACACUAUUCGGCAUUGCCUGUUGGCUUUUCUUACUCGGUAGUGCAAUUGUUCACGUAAUUUCACAAUUUACUGUUUGAGAGUUUUGAAGUUUUCCAAAACUAUUCGACAGUAUUUCUGAUGGUGCUGCCUGUCCGGGUAUAUAGAUAUUAUGGUAGCAGUUGAGCUCAUACUGAAUAUGUCUGAGAGAAACGUUCCACUUUCGGCUGUCUGUUGGGACAGUUUCUAUUCGACAGAACAGAGCGAUAUUAUGUUACAUUUAAUGAGUUACCUUAAGGUAUAGCUUUAUGGCAACGUGCAGUUUGCGAUACUUAUUACAGUCUUAAAUUAUUACAUGAAUCCGCUGGUGUAAGUUUAUUGGUGAAGUACAUAUACUUUAAACCACAGGUGCUGAGUAUUUUAUAAUUGAUUCAAAUGUUCAUACAAUUAUAAAUAAGGAAAUUCAUUGUUUCAGAUGAGGGCUAAACGGAAAGCAGUAGCCACCACAUCAUCGUGUCCAUGCUGUCCACCAAAAGUCAAACAAUCUAGACAGCAAACAGGGUUGGAAACAAAAACCACCAACUCCAGUGUUACUAACGGUGUUACCACACAUACAGUUAACACGCGCAGUGGACACAAAAAUGCUCAAGCUAAAUAUAAUAGGCAUAAGGAAACGCAACAUGAUUCAAUUGUUCCUCAGGUUACAAUAGAUUAGUCAAGAAAAAACAAACGGAUCAAAAAGACUAAGAAAAACAGUGCUAGUACCACAAAUAAUCAGGAGACUCACAAGUCAAAUGACUCUGGUCCGAUACAUUUAGGUAUGCCAGAGCAUCAGAAUGUUCAGCAUCAACAGAUAAACCUAGUGGAGGCUCAACAAAAUGACUUUGAUCCAUAUGUACCUCCAUACAGUGAUGAGGGAACUGAGGAUUCAGAAUAUUCCGACGGGUCAGAGAAGGAAGUUGGGCUGUCUGUAGGGGAAGCCAUUAACCACCAUGUCAGGGACAUUGUUUCUGGAGAUAGACAAGUUCCGGUCUUUAUCCACAGCAAUGGACGACAUGCCAUCAGUAGUCCCGGAGCAUCUGUUAGAAAUUUGAACCGUUCUGUCCGCAAGCUGCUGGAUGCCUCUAUAGCACCUGCAACAGCUAAUAGUUAUAAGAAUGCUUUACGGCACUAUAACCGCUUUCACAACACAUAUUAUCCAACAGACAGGUUGUUGCCAAUAUCAACAACCCGAAUAUGUCAAUUUAUUGCUUAUUGUCAUGACAGGCAAUUCAAGGGUUCUUCUAUCACAUCCAUGGUCUCAGCAUUAGCCUAUGUUCACAAUAUUUGUGAUAGGAAAGAUCCUACAAAAGCAUUCGUGGUUAAAAAAAUCUUACUUGGUCUGCGUAAAAUUCAAAAUACAGAUAAAAGGUUACCAAUUUCUUAUGACAUCUUACGGCAGAUGGUUCAAGUUUUGCCCCAGGUUAUAGUCAACCCCGAAUUACGUUUACUGUGCCAGACUAUGUUCGUAGUAGCUUUCUUUGCUUUUUUACGUAUAGGGGAAAUUUCUGUCACACAAUCGGGGGACCGCAAUACAAUUUUGUUGAAGAAUGUCAGUUUCCAGUAUAUCAAUCACAAACCUAUGAAGGCGUCUUUAGUCUUGGUCAGCUUCAAACAUUCCCAAGGGGUGUCAGCUACAGUAUCGGUUAAACGUCACAAAAAUAAGAACACACGUCCGAUGCGAUUAUUGCAUAAAUACAUCAGCAGUUGCAAUCACACCACAGGAACGUUAUUUAAGUUUCCAUGUGGCCGUCCAGUCACUGACAAUUUUUUUAGAUCUGUUUCAUGUGAAUGUAUUCAGAAAUGUAGGUUAGAUUCAGCAUUAUAUACAUCUCAUUCGUUUCGUAUAGGGGGCGCAACUCAUGCGUAUGACUGUAAUCUGUCUGAUUCUAGGAUCAGGUUAUUAGGCAGAUGGAAGUCAAAUGCUUAUCAGAAAUAUAUUCGGCCUUCAAAUUCAUUAACAUAGGAGUAUAGGGGUUUGGUAGAGGGAUAUAUCUCCCCUCUUUGGUUUACCAAAUUUAUGGUACUAGUAAAAAUAGAAAUAGCUUUAUUUAAAAUAAAUACCUCGGACACAUUUUGCCAGUUUUAGAGGUACCGAGUGUCAUGUCUGGUGGAGCCAGCAUGGCCUGUGACAAUAUUCUUGUCUGGUGGAGCCAGCAAGUUUUGUUAUAUUUGCGGACUUGGACAGAUAUGUAACUUUGAUCCCGUGAAUCAUUUAUUUUACAUUCUUGUGUUAGUUUUUGCAGUCGGACGACUGAAAAUGACAAUUACAGUAUUACAUGCUUGUCUUACAUUUAUUAUUAUUAUAGGGUAACGUAUAAACAUUUUGGGUGACAGUCUGGUUGAGCCAGCUGUUUAACAGACACCGUGUUGCUAUUAUUAGGUUGUAAUCUGUAGGCAUUUCGGGUGCCAGUCUGGUUGAGCCAGCUGGUUAGCAUCCACCAUGUUGCUAUUAUUAGGUUUUUAAUGUGUUAUAAUCUGUAAGCAUUUUGGGUGCCAGUCUGGUUGAGCCAGCUGUUUAACAGCCACCAUGUUGCUAUUAGUAUGUGGCUAUUCUGUUGAAAUCUGUAAGCGUUUUGGGUGCAGUCUGGUUGAGCCAGCUGGUUAGCAGCCACCAUGUUGCUAUUAUUAUAUGGUUAUUAUGUUGAAACUGUUAAUUGUUUUGGGUGCCAGUCCGGUUGAACCAGCUGUACUAACAUUCACCAUCUAUAUGUAUAUCAUGUGUAUAUGUUAUCAAUUGAUUUCUUGUGCAAGGUUGAUGGUUUCUGUUCCGGUUGUGCCGGCCAGAUAACCUCCGCAUCUGCUUAUUAGGUUCAAGGUGGUGUUCACUGUUUGUUAUUACUCUUAUCAAUAUUAAUGUGCCAUUCUAGUAUCUCAUUCUAGUCCCAUUUUUACAUUUCGGUUAAUAGUAAUUUACAUGUUUACAUAUGUACAUAGAUAUUACAUCUGAUAUGUUUUUGUUUUGUUUAAUUUCAUUAUUAUUUUUU